AUGGUGAACACCUACCUCUUCAUGAUGCAGGCUCAAGGCAUCCUGCUGCGGGACAACGUGAGGACCAUAGGUGCUCAGGUGUAUGAGCAGGUGGUUCGCAGUGCUUAUGCAAAGAGGAACAGCAGCCUAAAUGACUCAGAUUAUCCUCUUGACUUGAACCAUAGUGAGUCCUUCCUCCAGACCACGACGUUCCUUCCUGAAGACUUUACCUACUUCGCAAACCACCCCUGCCCGGAGAGGCUCCCUUCCAUGAAGGGCCCAAUAGACAUAAAUAUGAGUGAAAUCGGAAUGGAUGACAUUCAUGAACUGUUCUCCAGAGACCCUGCCAUCAAGCUUGGAGGUCACUGGAAGCCUUCUGAUUGUGUGCCUCGAUGGAAGGUGGCCAUCCUUAUCCCCUUCCGGAACCGGCACGAGCACCUCCCGGUCCUGCUCAGACACCUGAUCCCCAUGCUUCAGCGCCAGCGCCUGCAGUUUGCAUUUUAUGUGGUUGAGCAAGUUGGCACUCAACCCUUUAAUCGAGCCAUGCUUUUCAAUGUUGGUUUUCAAGAAGCAAUGAAGGACUUGGAUUGGGACUGUCUGAUUUUUCAUGACGUGGAUCACAUACCAGAAAGUGAUCGCAACUAUUAUGGAUGUGGACAGAUGCCCAGGCACUUUGCAACUAAAUUGGAUAAGUAUAUGUAUCUGCUUCCCUAUGCUGAGUUCUUUGGGGGAGUGAGUGGCUUGACAGUGGAACAGUUCCGGAAGAUCAAUGGCUUUCCCAAUGCUUUCUGGGGCUGGGGUGGAGAAGAUGACGACCUCUGGAACAGAGUACAGAAUGCAGGCUAUUCUGUGAGCAGGCCCGAAGGCGACACAGGGAAGUACAAGUCCAUUCCUCAUCACCACAGAGGAGAGGUCCAGUUUCUUGGAAGGUACGCCCUGCUGAGGAAGUCCAAGGAGCGGCAGGGGCUGGACGGCCUCAACAACCUGAACUACUUUGCAAACAUCACAUAUGACGCCUUGUAUAAGAACAUCACUGUCAACUUGACACCCGAGCUGGCUCAGGUGAACGAGUACUGAGAGGAAGAGAAGCACGUGGGCUUUGCCAUCAGCACCACAGAAGUAGUCUGGUCCCACAGGAAGGGACUAGCAACAGAGUCUAAUGAAGGACCACAGGGUUCAGGGAAAACUGUGACACAGCACACGCACAAACGCCUUCACUGUAGGACCCGCUGGGACCGAGGGGUCAUCUCUGGACACCCCUCAUCAGCACUGGCUUUUUGUUUCCACAAGACAGACGUCUGUCCUGCUGCUCUCUCCCCAUCUCCCCACCCCAGCAUCCCAUCUUCACCACACUCUCCAGAACCCCACAGGCCGUGAGCCGCCCUGGGCCUGUCAUCGGCCGCCACUGUGAGCGCCUUUGGAGCCCAGGGCAGGCCCUGCCCAAGGCAACUGCGCGCCAGGAAGCCGAUGGAACUCCGCACCAUCCUUUGCAUCUCUGGUGUUCUCUUUGGUUUUGUUUUUUUAAAAAAUUACCUGCUUUGGGUGGGGAUUGAGGGUGGAAGGGAGGGAUUUGGGGACGAUAAAUAGUAAAUAUAUAACAAUCACUUCUUGAAGAAGUAUAAUUGUAAAUAAGCCAUGUAAAAUGCCUUUUUUAAAUUUAAUUUUAUAGCUGGCUCCAAUUCAAAGUGAGGAUUUAUACAUUAGAUCGCUUAUUUGGUUGGCAAACACAGGAACUCAGUUAAAUGUAAUUGAAGAGGGCUGGGGAUUUAGCUCAGUGGUUCCACUGCCUGCUUUGCAAUCGCAAGGUCCCGAGUUUGAUUCCCGGUACCAAAAAAAAAAAAAUGUAAUUGAAGAGUAUUAUCUCCCAAAUUGCUGUCACUUUGAAAGGGAGUGGAUGCAGAGCAUAUCCCACAACAGGUGAAACCCCUUCUUCCCCAGAAGCUGACCUCUCCUCCCUCCCUCCCCUCUUCCAGGAGUCUUGCUCCUGCCUCCUGCUGUGGCCAGGCACACCUGCCCCCCAGGCCUUUGCUGGACAGGAGGCCGCUGCGCGGCACACUGCUGUGCCUGCUCACAGCUGACCCCUGGGGUUCCUAUGUGCCAGCCAGAUCUCUGGACUGCAGUUUUUUGUCCUUUCUCCUGUGGAACUUGGUCCAGUGUCUGAGAGCUGUGCCUAAACGGCCAGCUGGCUUCAGGGAUUCCGUUUUCCCUUUUGGUUUCUGGAAAGGUGAUUAGUCCACAGUUAUUCUGUCUGUGCUACAUGGAAGUAAGGAACAACUGCAGUGGGAAGAGUUCAGCCAGGGGGCAGGUGACACUUGCGUGCUGUGGGUCAGCUGGGCCCCAGGUGAGACCAAAUCAGAGCUUUGAAAUUUAGACUGGCAAAGCUCCACGUGUUUCUGAAGUCAGAUUCUAAAUUGCAUUUGAAUUUGUGCCUCUUUAUUUUUCCCUGAGCCAAAGCCCUCAGUUUAUAUUUCUGGCCACUUCUGCAGGAUUCUGGAAAAUGCCAGAUCCCCCCACCCCCUUUCCAUAAAACAUAUUUAUAUAUUGUGAUCCGGAGUACUUUCUGAAGAGUACUUCAUAGUUUUUUUAAUUGCCUUGUUUGCCUUCAACUUCUUAAUUUUCAUGGUUUACAUGGGUGUGUGUAGGGCGUGUGUAUCUAUGUGUGGGUUGGGUUUUUUCUGCUGCAUGUGUUGGUUCCGUGGACAUAUGAUCCCCACACACCGUGGGAGUGAUUGGCCAGGCCUUGUUUUUUGUUUGUGUGUUUGUUCUUUUGAAGAACAGAGUGGUAUUUAGGAGAUACAUUGCAACAUAACGCUCUUACCAGCGCAUAUGAGAGAGCAGCUGCCUGCCCUUGACAGUGCUGGUAAGUUGUAUCAUGCAUUUUCAACAAAUUGUAAGCAUUUCAUGCUUUAAAACACCUUCACGAGAGAACGUCACACAGAAGUUUGUUUGGUUUCCUUUGUCUCACAGUGCAUAUAGCAAUACAGACUCCCUCACCCUCACUCCCUGCCACCCCGGCUCUUCCACCCUCGCCCUUCUCUCUCGUCACUGAAGGCUGUGAGCUGCUUUCCAUGUGAUAGAGCUGUGAUGUCACUGGGAAGGACUUUCCAGGACAGACGAGUUCUGGGUUAGUGAUGUCGCAUGUGCAGCAGUGGCACGAGUUGGUGAUCUUGUUGGAAGCCUUGUAUUAGUGUCAGUGCCACCAAGUGCUGCUAUUUGCUGAAGGCUGACACAUGAUUUAAUCACAAAAAUGUUGCUUUGAGGACAAAAGGAAAGGUUUCUUUUCACUGCCUAAAGUAGGGUCACUUACAUCCCCUUGCAAUGAUGCCUAAGUUUAGUAGUAUAGAAUCUCUUAGUACACACUGUUAAUCAUGUCCCCACCUAUUUGAAUAUUAUAGGGGAAGUGUAAAAGUUAUAGGCAUACGGCCAGGCACGUGUGUUGUUAAUAGCAUGAAACUCUCAUGUUGAAAAAGAGAAAGAACCACCAAAUGUGACCUUGGGCUUAGUUUGGCAGCUGAAAUUCUUCGAGGCUACUGACAGGUGGUGACCCCUUAAAUCAACCUAGUCUUUGAUUGCUAUGUGCAAGAAAGGUUCCCCUUUCAUACUGGUUUUUUGGGGGAGGUGAUAUUUCCAAUAAUACUCAUGGUGACAUAAUAGGGACUCUUUUUGUCAGAGCUCCUCCACCACAGACAUUAGUAGCUGAGCAACAGCCACAUGUAGUGAUUGUAUCUGCCCACCAUUGAUAAUGGGAUUGGACGAAGCUAGCUUAUUUCCAUCACUACUUUUUUUGAGCUUGCUCUUAUGUUUUAAGAGGUGCCAGGGGUACAUUUUUGCACUGAAAUCUAAAGAUGUUUUAAAAACACUUUUCACAAAAAUAGUCCUUUGUCAUUACAUAAUUUACUCAUGUGUUUGUACAUUUUUGUAUGUUAAUUUAUGAAUGAUUUUUUCAGUAAAAAAUACAUAUUCAAGAACCAAA